AUGAAAAUCUCACAUGUAUGGAAUGUCAUCAAUGAUAAGUGCACAAAAGAUGUACUUAAUUUUCAUGGUGUCAUUAAUGAUCGUAUUGCUUUUAUCGAUUGUAUUGAAAGAAAACAUAAUGUUACUCCUUUAAUGGUAGCUGCUGGUAAAGGUUUCUAUGAAAAAGUUAAAAUUCUUCUUGUUCACGGUGCAAAACCAAAUAAACAAUGUUUAACAGGUGAUACAGCCCUAAGUAUAGCUGUUCAUCGUCAAAAAUACAAAAUCGUCGAAUUAUUAUUAGACUACGGUGCUAGUCCAAAUAUACAAAAUCAAGCAGGAAAAACAGCAUUACAUCGAGCUGUUAUAUCUUAUAGUGAUGAAGAUGCCAAUCAUAUCAGAACACUACUACGUGUAUAUAUAAUAAAAUCAGAUCGUAGUCAGCGCAUAGCAAUUGAUGAAGCAGCACUCAAACAUAAACCACAAAUAAUGGAUGUUUUGUUAACACAUGAUAAAAAUUUAAUAAAUCAAUCCUAUCGAGCUUGUAUUUUGGCCACUCGUUUGGGUGACGAUGAUUGCAUUAAAGUUUUACUCAAUCAUGGUUAUGACGUAAAUAUGACAAAUAGCACAUACAUAACUCCACUGCAUAUAGCUGUAAAUUCACAAAAUGCUACAACAGCUCAAUUAUUAGUAUCUCACGGUGCAAAAAUUGAUGUAAUAAAUAAUCGUGGUGAAACACCACUAUCUAUCGCUGAACAAUUACCACUUAUGCAACGACAAAAAUUUUUGACUAUACUUCAGAACCCAAUACCUCCAGAACGAAAUAUUGGUGCAACUUUAUCCAACUAUGGUAGUAGUCAAGUAUCUACAAUAUCAUAUGCACACCCAUUAUUACAAAGUCAUUCAAAUUGGACAUUGGAUAAUGAUGAAUAUCGAAGUCAAACAACACCUGGAUCAUCCGUACAAAAUCUUUUAGAUCCAUCAAAUGGUACGUACUGGUCAUGUUCUCUACCGAGAGAUGCAUGGGUUAUAUUUGAUUUCAAACAUGAACACAGUAUAAGUGGAAUUCAUCUAAUAGGAUGUGAUAAUGUAUCAACUCCAAAAAAAGGCAAAAUCGAUGUAUCAAAUUCACACAAAAUACAAGGAAUUGGCUUUUAUGGUAUCGAUACACAAUUAGUUGACUUAUUGAAUAAAUACAAAUUGGAGAAUAUUAUUAAUAUUUUACUAGCAAAUGGUAUUAAUGAUCUAGAAACAUUACAUGAAAAACGCGAUGAAGUUAUGAAUUCAACGCAUUUUAUCGAUAUUAAUCAACAUUUUCAAUUUAAAAAAUUAAUUGAAUCUAUAAAAACACCAGUAUUAAUGUAUCUUGAAUGGCUUAAUUUUCCACAGUCGAGGGCUAUUGCCGGUGAAAAGUUACAAACAUUUAGCGUAGUUGCCAAUGAAAAUAUAACAGACCGUGUCAGACUUGAAGAAAAAACUGGUCGAUAUGAAAUUCGUGUUGUUAGUCAUGAAAGACCAGAAAUUCAUACUAGAUGGCACGAAGUUGUUGUUGGUUUUAAAUCGUCAGAUAUAAGAAAACCGGUCUACGAGCAUCUUUAUCUUAACAAUAAUCCAUCUGAUCGGAUACCACCAUCUUCGUUCAAAAUAGGUCAGCGUUCAUUAGAUAAGCAACGAGACGAUGACAAUCGAGGUUUAUUCACGGAAGUUUAUGAUUCAACAUUAGAUGAAGAGUUACCAUCUGUAAGAUCAACAUCUCAUUCAACAGAGAAGAACAUUUAUCAUUUCUCAAAAAACAAACCGACGGUAGCAACAGACCACCUAUUUGCUUUUGAAUAUAAGGAAGAGGAAAAUGAGUCAAAAAACAAUGACGGCCAAAAUCAAAUAAAAGUGGUUCAACCGUAUUAUAUAGGACGAAAUUCGGCAAGUAACCAUGAAUAUAUUCAACAUCCUUCGGAUGUUAGUGAACAACAGAAGAAACAGAAGCCUAAUCAUAAUUAUGAUAGUUAUAACGGCGGAUCGACAAAACGCCGUGAUACAAAUGGUAUUAACGGUAAUGGUAAACAGCCGUAUUCUAGUUCAUCGUCUUCGACCAUAAGUCAUAACCAGAAUCAUAAUCAACAACCCCCAUAUACAGAGGAGAAAGCAAAAGAAAACACUAGGCCUUCUCGACCAACUAUUCGAGAAGAUUGGGAACAGUUACCAGAAUUUGUUGAAUAUUGUUUGACACCAACAAAAUAUUAUUGUCGUUAUUUGACACCAACAAAAGAUCGUAGAAAAAAAAUGGUCAAUGAAUUAAAAAAAGCCAAAAACCAAAAUGAAUCUUCGAGUCAAGACGAUGGUGUGGAUAGUUGGAAUAACAACAGUGAACUUAGUAAUAAUACUGACGAUAAUAAAAAUAAAGUAUUAACAAAUAUGAAUAUAUCUCAUACAAAACAUCAGAAUGAAUUAAAAUCACCACCAGUUACAGUAAAUGGUUCAUUACAAGAAUACAAACAGUAUCGUAUUAAAAGUGGCGAUUUGUCAUUUACUCAAAAACCAAUCAUAUCAGACGAAGACAAAGAAAAAAAUUUAUACAAUUAUAUUCCAGCUAAUACAGAGAUGCAGUUGACAUUCAAAGCUAUUGUUCAAGGUCCAGGUAAAUCUUUGGUACACGAACGUGCGUUAAACGGAAUUACUCAGUAUAAACACGAUCAAAAUUCAUUACAAAAAUUUACUAGUGACAAUAAUUGGAGAUUAAAAACAAACGAUAAGACACAUGCCGAUCAUUCUCCAAGAAUACGUCCAAUAGAUGAAUCAAUAAUAGUUAAUAAUAAUAAUCAACAACAGCAACAACGAAAGGAAGAGCCUAUCAUAAACAUACAAGAAACGAAAAAUAAUGAUUACAUGCCUAAUGUUCAUAGAAAGUCGACAAAUUCAACUCUAAUUGGAUUUAAAAAGCCUGCUGAUGAUAUGCCUCAUCGUACACAGUUAAACAAUGAACGAAUAGACCAACAGAAAACAAAAAAUAAUGAGUCUCCUCAUUCCUCUACAAAUCGUAAAUUUUCUUUUCCAUUAUCCUCGCCUUUUACGCCGCAGAAUGCAGUCACUUCUCCAAACGCUUAUGAAACGAUUGAACCUGUUGAUGAAACGAACGAUCAGAAAAAAUCAUCCUUCAUAAAUAAAACUGAUGAUCACUUUCGAUUUCGUCCAGAUAGUUCCCAACCGGCACCAGCAUUUGUUGACAGCGAAUAUAAUUUUAAUCGGUCUCAACUAUCUGAUCGUGUUAGUUUAUCAUCUUUAAAACAAGCUGACAGAGAAAUUGAAGAAAGUGACCAAGAAGAAGAUAAUACUAGUGAAUGUCAAUCAUUUGGACAUGCACCAAUGAAUAAUAGCGUAUUACCAACGAAUAGAAGCAAUCAAAAUGAAUUGUUACAACAAAGCAAUCAACGAUUUGAACAAGAUGAUGCUGAGAACUACUACGCAGAGCCAGAUUUUAUACCAUCGCAAACGUCAAAUGCUGCAGCAAAAUCCACUGAAAUAUUCCCAAUUUUUGAUAAAGCAACGACAACAAUGAAAAAUCAGCCACCGGUUGAAGCUGUUGGAAAUAAUUCAUUGUCUAUUAAUGACAGAUCGCCAUAUUCGUAUAUGGAAGUUACGGAUGACGUCAAUGCUAAUGAUUAUGCUCAGAAUGAAAGACAAAAAAAUAUUUAUGAGCAAGAGAAUCAGUCAUCGGACGUAUUAAAUUCUAGUUACUAUGAACACGGUUACCAAAUACAUACAAAUCAAAAUCCGACAGAACCAAGAAUACCAGUAUCGUCACCUCCGCUUUCAACUCAUAUAACUUCAUCGGCGAAAGAUUAUGAAAUAUCAAUAAAGUCAAAUACUGAUUCCAUGAGUACAUCUGUCGAUAAAGAAAGACCAGAAACUCAGUCAUGGUCAUAUCCUCCAUUUUCGCCUACUCAACAACCUCCCGCGCCCUAUCAACAACAACCAUCAUUUGGUCAAAAAAGUUUUGCCCCCUCUCAUACGGGAUCAUCAAAUAGUAAAACUCCAAAGAAGAAAAGCUUUUUUGGUGCGUCAUAUCCAAAAACAUUUCCUAUUCAAACAAAAAUAUUAAAAAUACACAACGUUGACUCUUUCAAAACAAUAUCUCAGGAAUCAUCACUAGAAGAUAUUAUUACUGAAGAGUCCGAUCCUUUUCGAUAUAGAGGUCGAAACACCCCUGGAAUAAAACUACGACGCCCGUUGGACUCAGAUAGUGAAGAAUCAGAUAUGUCAUCUAAACGACCGUUAGUAUUUGAAACACCAGAACUUGUUAAUAAAAAUGUACAAACAACAGAAAAAUUACUACGAAAUGUGGCAACAAUGUAUCAGCCAGUUACCCGAGAUGUUGGCACAGCUCCACCUUCUUUCCCUCGCUCAACGUCUACACAAACCACGUUACCACAACAUUUUAAUAAUUCUAUACAAGAACAAUAUCCUCCACAUAUUGCUCGUUGCAGACCAGUAUCGUAUAGUGAUAACCGCAACAAUGAACCACCGCCAUCUAGAAGGCGAAGAUCUUCGGAUGAUUAUGAACAUUCUUCUCCUCAAACAUCAAUGUGCCAUGAUAAAUGUAGCUACGUACCAAAUGGAUACGAUCAGCCAUGCCAGAAUGAUCAAGAGAAAGAUUAUCCGUAUAGACCUUCAGAAAUAAUAAAAUCUCGUCCGGAUGUUGGCUAUUCUCCAAAAAUCGACUCUGAGAAAACAACGCUAUCGAUUGGAACCGAUACAGGUACGGACAGACUUAAAGAAAAUCGUGGCGUACAAAAUGAGACAAAACCGCAGAAAAAUGCAUCGACAAUGUCUGACAAUGAAUUAUCGACCACUACAUUAAAACAAAACAAGGGAAACACGAAAAUCGACUCUGAGAAAACAACGCUAUCGAUUGGAACUGAUACAGGUAUGGACAGACUUAAAGAAAAUCGUGGCGUACAAAAUGAGACAAAACCGCAGAAAAAUGCAUCGACAAUGUCUGACAAUGAAUUAUCGACCACUACAUUAAAACAAAACAAGGGAAACACGAAAAUCGACUCUGAGAAAACAACGCUAUCGAUUGGAACUGAUACAGGUAUGGACAGACUUAAAGAAAAUCGUAGCGUACAAAAUGAGACAAAACCGCAGAAAAAUGCAUCGACAAUGUCUGACAAUGAAUUAUCGACCACUACAUUAAAACGAAACAAGGGAAACAAAAAAAUUUCAAUAUCAAAAAGAAAUAUUGGUGUUGACACUACAUCUCUUGCUCAACAAUAUUGGAUUCCAGUUGCUUCGACCUAUCGAUCGAAGUUACCCACUGAGUGUAUUGAAAAACAAAAACCAUAUUCUGAACAAGCGGCAAAUAAUGAUGGCUUGAAAAAACCACAUUCAGAGAAAGAUCAACUAAAAACAAUAGAUAUGAAUAAUAGUAUUCGUGACAAGGAUCCUAAGUUACUAUUGAGUGAAAGAAAGUCAAUAUCAUUUGAAAAUUCCAGAUAUGAUGAUGAUGGUGAUGAUAAACAGCCACAACAACCCACUUAUUAUCCACCGUCGGUUAAAAAUUUAGAUUUAAAACAAGCAGAUAUGUCUUUGCUUGAUAAUAAUGAAUCGUUAUUAAAUAUUGGCUCUAUCAACUACAUAUCGGAUCCAAUAAUGGAUGAAUAUGCAGAUCAGUUUUCAACGAAAUCUAAUAACGGUAAUUCGAAUAGAAUAAAAUUUGACGAAACAAAUAAACGUAACACAUUAAUGAUGCCUGUUUUGAAUAUGUCACGUUUGUAUCUUGUUGAAAAACAGCAAUUGAGAAAAAAAGACUUUUCAUUACCAAGACAAAUGUCACAAGGACACAAUGAAAGACUCUUCUUUCACAACAAAAACAAUGACAAUAGAGAAAAAUCAUCAAUUCCGCUACAAAAGGGUCAACAACCACGCAGACCAUCACAAUCCAAUGGAAAUUUUUUUCUCAGUAAAAAGCCAUCAAUGACCACUGCUGACUCAUCUUUCAUGGAUGAUAAUAUAUAUUCAAAAAUCGAUACAUAG